AUGUGGACCACUACCUCUGGCUUGCGGGGCAAGAAGCUUCAUCUCGCCAUCACCUUCACCUCGGUGGUUGGCUUCUCCCUGUUCGGUUAUGAUCAGGGUUUGAUGUCUGGUAUUAUCUCUGGCGACCGGUUCGUCCAGGAUUUCCCGCCCCUGAACGACAAGAUCGACCCUCCUCCCCCUGGCUACAGCAGCGCCGCGGCUUAUAAGGAGCAUGUUUCUGUCCUUCAAGGUGCCGUCACGGCCUGCUAUGAGUUGGGCUGUUUCUUCGGUGCUAUCUUUACCCUCUGUUUCGGUGAGCGUAUCGGCCGUACUCCGCUCCUGGUGAGCGGCGGUAUUCUGAUGGUGAUUGGUACUGUUAUCUCUACCGCUGCGUUCGGCGACAAAUGGGGCCUGGGCCAGUUUGUGAUCGGCCGUGUGAUUUCCGGUCUCGGUAACGGCAUGGACACUGCGACGAUCCCUGUGUGGCAGUCUGAGUGUUCUCGUGCCCACAACCGUGGAUUCCUGGUUUGCUUCGAGGGUGCUAUUAUCGCUGUCGGCACCUUUAUCGCCUAUUGGGUCGAUUUCGGCUUCUCUUAUACCCCUUUGUCCGUCCAGUGGCGGUUCCCCGUUGCGUUCCAAAUCCUCUUCGCUAUCUGUGUUACCGGCGGCGCUCUGAUGCUCCCCGAGUCCCCCCGUUGGUUUGUGAUGCGCGGCCACGACGAGCAAGCGAUUGAGGUCCUCGCGGCCCUGAAUGAUAGCACCGUCGACGGCGAAGAUGUCCUUACCGAUUACAAUCUUAUGAAGGCCGACUUGAAGACCCAGGAAGGUUCUAAGGCUAGCUGGAAGACUCUCUUUACUUUCGGCAAGACCCAAGAAUUCCAGCGGAUGAUGAUCGGUUGCUCGGGCCAGUUUUUCCAACAAUUCACUGGCUGUAAUGCCGCUAUCUACUAUUCGACUCUGUUGUUUAAGAACAACUUGAACAUCCACGGCAAGCUGGCCUUGGUUCUGGGCGGUGUCUUCGCUACCGUUUAUGCUCUCGCCACGAUUCCGUCAUUCUUUAUGAUCGAGAGAGUCGGUCGUCGCAAGCUUUUCCUGAUCGGUUUCGCUGGUCAAGAAUGCGAAGGGCGCCGCCGUCGGUAUCUUCGUUUAUAUCUGUUUCUUCGCCUUUACCACUCUGCCUCUGCCUUGGAUCUACCCCCCGAGAUCAACCCUCUCCGGACUCGUACCAUGGCUGCUGCCGCGUCGACCUGCACCAACUGGAUUACCAACUUCGCCGUUGUUAUGUUCGUUCCGGUGUUCUCCUCUAGCAGUGGUUGGGGUAUGUACCUCUUCUUUGCGGCCCUUAACGGUAUUGGUGUUCCGUUCGCCUGGUUCUUCUACCCCGAGACUGCCGGUCGUGAUCUGGAGGAGGUCGACAUUAUCUUCGCCAAGGCCCACGUCGAGGGCAAAUGGCCCUACCAGGUCGCCAACGAACUGCCCAAGCUCACCGUGGAGCAGAUCGCCCAGAUGCAGAUCGAUUUGGGCCUGAACGUCGCUGAGAACCACUCCAUUGAGCACGAGAAGGCUGAGAUGGCCAUGAGCACUGGUGAGAGUGAGGAGAAGACUGCUUCCGAUUAA